AUGUUUGGGGCUACAAUGGAAACGGGCAGCUCGGACUUGGCAGUAGUGGCAACCAGUCGACCCCCUGUAGAAUAGCAGCUUUGCAAGGCAUUCGUAUCCAGCGGAAUUAUAGAGAUUGCAGCCUGCCACUCUGCCCACACCUCUGCCGCCAAGACCCAGGGGGGCCACGUGUACAUGUGGGGCCAGUGCCGGGGCCAGUCGGUGGUCCUGCCUCACCUCACCCACUUCUCCUGCACGGACGACGUGUUUGCCUGCUUUGCCACUCCCGCCGUCUCGUGGCGCCUCCUGUCUGUGGAACCUGACGACCACCUCACAGUGGCUGAGUCACUGAAGAGGGAAUUUGACAACCCCAACACCGCAGACCUGAAAUUUCUGGUGGAUGGAAAGUAUAUUUAUGCACAUAAAGUCCUUCUCAAAAUCAGGUGUGAGCAUUUUCGUUCUUCGUUGGAAGACAGUGAGGAUGAUAUUGUAGAAAUGAGUGAAUUUUCGUAUCCUGUUUACCGAGCCUUCCUGGAAUACCUGUACACGGACAGCAUCAGCCUCCCCCCUGAGGAGGCAGUAGGAUUGUUAGAUUUGGCUACAUUUUAUAGAGAAAACCGUUUGAAAAAGCUCUGCCAACAAACGAUCAAGCAAGGAAUCUGCGAGGAGAAUGCCAUUGCUCUGCUCUCUGCUGCUGUGAAGUACGACGCUCAGGAUUUAGAAGAAUUCUGCUUCAGGUUCUGCAUAAACCAUUUGACUGUAGUAACACAAACUUCAGGCUUUGCAGAAAUGGACCACGAUCUCCUCAAGAACUUUAUCAGCAAAGCAAGCAGAGUUGGAGCGUUUAAAAAUUGAUCCUCACCUGUAGGAAAGAAUUUUUAACACUUCCGUUUUCCCUGCAGAAGCCAGAGAAUGGCUUUUCUGUAGAAGUAUUUAUGAUGAGCUACAGUUGGCUAAAAUACUUACGUUCUGUUGAAAGAAGGAUCGGUCUUCCCCAUCGGCUGAAACCCAAAGUGGACACUGAAGGCAUUAAAUACUCUGAUCAGAUGUGACUAAGCUCUAGGGGGAAAACAAUUAAAAUCUCUUUUUAUAUUUACCAUGUCUUCUUUCGAGUCUCUUUAAGUUGGACACUUUUGGCAUAUCCAUCUAAGUGUAUGCUAUUCUGGCCGAAAGGUCCAUUAUUCAGCAGGCUGAUCUCACAUAGAUAGCUUGACAAGGAAUGCUGUCACUUCCACGUUUUCUGCACCCAGGGCAGUGCUUUGCAUAUGGUAGGCACUCGAUUAAUUUUUUAUAAACCUUAAGUUUGCCUUGAGAACAGCUUUGUUUGUGGGAUACUGGAUGAAGGGAAAACUUGCACAAAAACAAAUUUCAAAUAGCCGGUAUCUACUAAAGCUCAUAUUCUUUUGGUGCAUUGUUCUAAGAAAUAGUGGCUAGUUUAGAGCAUUAAUUAGAAUUCACAAAAGGCCUUGGCAAUUAAAUUGUCAAAAGUCCAAGGGCUAACUUUAAUUUUCUAUUUACUCUGAGUCAUUGAUUUAUCCUAUGGGAUUAUUGAAUAUGAAGUACUACCUUUGAAUGAAUGUUAUUUCUGGGCUCAUCUGUCUUAUAUAAUUGCUUUUGUGUUAAGAGAGAUUUUCCUCUGUAAGUAAAAAUGAUUAUGUGUGUUUCUUUUAUGUGUAGUUGACUUUUGUGUCACUAUAAAUCAGGUCUCAAACUGGCACAGUAUAAUUAUAAAGUACUAGCUGAAAAGGAGCUAAUACUUACGUUUCAUGUAUAGCAUUAAGAAUGAGAUAAAUUUAUACUUUUUAGAUCAAAACAAGUUACCCAACUACAAAAUAGAAACUGGAAUGGGAUGUAGGACAUAGCAUCAGAGUCUCCUAAGAGGUAUUUCACAGUAUGAUACUAUGUAAAGAAAACUUUUUUGGAAUUAGAAACCUUGUUCUGAUGCUGGACUAUUUGAUAAUAAAGUGCUUAUUUGCAAAUAA